UGUGACAGAACAUCAUCAUCAUCAUCAUCAUCCAAGCAGACAAGGUGGGCAAACCGGAAGCGUUCUGCUUGUGGAGCCCUCAAGUGACAUCCGACCUAGGGCAGCCCUAAUGGGUUUUCACGGUUCUGCGCCAGGCGCCUUACGGGGCCCUGGGGAUGAUGCUGGUGGUGGAAUCGAAAACGGAGAAAGGAAAAGACGGGAGGAAGAAAUACGCGUUGAAAAAGGUUCAAUGCAUCGAUGAAAAACAAGCCAACGAUGCUCUUAAAGAGGCUAUGGAUCUGCUGAAAAUAAAGCAUCGGAAUAUCUGCCGUUACAAAGAAUUUUUUAUCAUUUGGGACAACAAGAUUUCAUCUCUCUACCUUUGUCUCGUGAUGCCUUAUUGGGAUCAAGGAGAUCUCUCGUCUCUGAUUAAAGCCAAGAGAAAUAAACGUACUAGGUUUAAAGACAAGGUGAUUCAGAUGCUCCUGGGGCAGAUGGUAGAUAUUUUAGUUUAUAUCCAUCAACAAAACAUUUUUCACAGAAACAUCAAGCCGUCAAACAUCCUUCUAACUGCCAAGGUAUCCUUCAUGCUCUGCGAUUUCAGCACAGAGACGCUUAUGACGGAUGAGACGAAAUGGACGAUAAGGGUGAAGGAAGAUCCUCACUUCCAAUCCUGGAUGGCUCCAGAAGCGCUGAAGUUUUCGUUUAGCGACAAAUCGGACAUCUGGUCCCUCGGCUGCAUUCUGCUGGAGAUGAUGACCUGCUCCCGUCAGAAAGUGAACGAUCAUAUUUCCUUGCUGCGCGAGAUCAAGGAGAACGCCAGUUGCGCUGAGGACGCUUUGAAAGCCACCAAAUACCACGAUACACCGUUAUCUUCCAUUGCGCUGAUGAUGCUACAGAUUGAGCCCGCGAUGAGGCCGACAGCACAGGAACUAGUUGAUCAUCCAUUUGUUAGAGACUGCCUGAUUCUAGCCGGCUCUCCCUUAAUAAAGGUGAAGAAACAUGUACCUGUGGGAUUAAUGGACAUCGUGCUUGAUGCUGGCAUCCAGACGGUUCUAGAAUUCAUGAUGUCUUACCAAGAGAUCGAGGAAGCGCAAGAAAAAAGUAUCGAACGCCUUCUGGAGCUCUUAAAAAAAGAAGACGUGGAUAUACAUACCUUCCUGGGACUUCUGGAGCCUGUGACUUGCGCCAUCAAUAAUCACAUGGAUUCUCCGGAAGUACAGUUGGCAGGAUACUCUUUCCUGCUUGAGCUCACAGGCAGAGCUCUGGGGAAGAACCUGAAGGUGGAGAUGCUGGCCUGUGAGAACAUCCUCGGUUGCCUCCUGAAUUCCAUGAGGACCUAUUCGGACAAUGAAGGACUGCUGUGGAUGAUUUGCACUUUAUUCAUGAUGAUGUCAACCCGUGAAGCCGCUGUGGAAGCCCUGAGGAAAGCCGGCGUCUUCACAGACAUGCUGACCAUCCUGAGUAACUUUGCUAAUAACAAGAAUAUCAGCCUGGCCUGCUGCGGGGUCAUCUGGAGUCUGGUUGCAAACGGCACCGACGUGGCCGAAUACCCGCUAAAAUACGCCAUCGAAGUGGUCUCCAUCAUCCUCCACACGCACCUCGAUGACGGAGAAACCGCCGAGUCAGCCUGCAGCGCUUUCUGGGCCCUGUCGCUUCACGGCUGCAUAGACGAAGCUCAUUACGAACCCUACGCCUUACUUCUGUUGGAGGCGCUCCGGCGACACCCGGCAAGACCCGUGCUGGCCAAGAACGCUUGCUUGGCUCUGGCGAGCCUCUUGCGGACCUCUGAGUUAUGUGGUUUCCGCUUCAUCGUAACGGACGAGAAGGGCAACGGGACAGCGGUUCUUAAAGACUGCUAUCAGUUCCACCGUGAGGACCCCGAAGUCGUGGAAGACAUCUGCGUCCUGAUCGACGAGAUGUUCAAAUAUGAUGAAAUUGUUUUGGAGAUGGCCUCACAGAACAUUGCAGAGAUGCUGACUGAAAUGAAGAAUAGAUUUACCUCCAGUUUGGAGAUUGUUGCCCUUGCAAGCAAAGCACUCGCAACGCUGGAGAAAAAAAAGGCGACUCGUCUCAAAUGACCAAAUUUAGCUCUUUU